UUUCUAGAGAAGAGGGUGUAAUUUAAUUUAUAUAUGCCGAGAGGAUUGAAAUUACAAUUGAGCAUAAUUGACACGUCUUUCAAUUCCGACCCUCCUCCUCGUAGUCGAUUCUCCCCCUCAAGAUACUUUUUUCUCCCAACACGCACAAACGAACAUCCCCCUUUGUACGCUUCUUUCCAGUUUCAGCUCAAGACCCGGAUAGCUUUCACCGUAAAUAGUAGUCGAUUCUGAUCUGGGUUCUAAAAAAAUCGAAACGUUAAUAGAAAAAAGAGCUUUAGUUUAUCAGAUUUGGUUUCAUUCACUUUAAUCGAGUUUUCGUUUUGUGGGAUUUUUGAUGUAAGCGCAGUAAGUUGGAUUUCUUGAUCUGGGUUUUUCUCUCUUAGUUGAUUGGUCGAGGGUGACAAGAUGGGGGAAAAGCUAGGGCUUUUGGCGUUUUUUUGGUUCAUGUUGUGCGGUUUUGGUGUGGCAAGGUUUGUGGUGGAGAAGAACAGCUUAAGAGUUUCUUCACCGAACUCGUUGAAGGGUGUAUAUGAAUGUGCAAUUGGAAAUUUUGGAGUUCCUCAGUAUGGAGGAACCAUGGUUGGCAUUGUGACGUACCCCAAAGCCAAUCAAAAGGCAUGCAAGAGUUUUGAUGACGUAGAUAUCUCCUUCAAGUCCAAGCCCGGAGCUCUGCCUACCUUUCUACUCGUCGAUAGAGGAGAUUGUUUCUUCACCUUGAAGGCAUGGAACGCACAAAAAGGUGGAGCAGCAGCUAUUCUUGUUGCGGAUGACAGGAUUGAACCAUUAAUUACCAUGGACACUCCUGAAGAAGAGAACGCUGAUGCUGAUUAUCUACAGAACAUCACCAUUCCUUCAGCACUUAUUAGCAAGUCUUUGGGGGAUAGCAUUAAAAAAGUUAUAUCUAAAGGAGAGAUGGUUAACAUAAAUCUUGAUUGGUCUGAGGCUCUUCCACAUCCUGAUGAGCGGGUUGAGUACGAGUUUUGGACAAAUAGCAAUGACGAAUGUGGGCCAAAGUGUGACAGUCAGAUUGAAUUUUUAAAGAGCUUCAAAGGAGCAGCUCAGAUACUUGAGAAGAAUGGGUACACACAGUUCACCCCGCAUUAUAUAACUUGGUACUGCCCAGAAGCUUUUAUUUUGAGCAAACAGUGCAAGUCUCAGUGUAUCAAUCAUGGGAGGUACUGUGCUCCAGAUCCUGAGCAGGAUUUCAGCAGAGGGUAUGAUGGAAAGGAUGUUGUGGUUCAAAAUCUACGUGAAGUUUGCUUUUUUAAGGUUGCAAAUGAAAGUGGAAAGCCAUGGCUUUGGUGGGACUACGUGGCAGAUUUUGCAAUCCGUUGCCCAAUGAAAGAGAAGAAGUACACUGAAGACUGCUCAAAUCAAGUUAUCCAGUCACUUGGGGCUGAUCUCAAGGAGAUAAAAAAAUGCGUUGGAGACACUACUGCAGAUGUGGACAACCCACUUCUUAAAGCUGAACAGGAUGCACAGAUUGGCAAGGGUUCCCGUGGAGAUGUUACAAUAUUACCAACUCUUGUUAUAAAUAACAGACAGUAUAGAGGGAAGUUGGACAAAGUAGCAGUUCUCAAGGCCAUCUGUGCAGGUUUUGAAGAGACCACAGAGCCUGCCAUUUGUUUAAGUGAAGAUAUAGAAACAAAUGAAUGUUUGAGCAACAAUGGUGGUUGCUGGCAGGACAAGGCCACUAAUAUAACUGCAUGCAAGGACACUUUCCGAGGAAGAGUAUGUGAAUGCCCUGUUGUCCAAGGUGUAAAGUUUGUUGGUGAUGGUUAUACUCAUUGUGAAGCUUCGGGAGCUCUACAUUGUGAAAUCAAUAAUGGAGGUUGUUGGAAGAAAACUCAGGAAGGCCGGACUUACUCUGCUUGUGUUGAUGACUCAAAAGGUUGCAAGUGUCCACCAGGAUUCAAGGGUGAUGGAGUUAAUACCUGCGAAGAUGUUGAUGAGUGCAAAGAGAAAUUGGCUUGCCAGUGCCCAUCUUGCAAAUGCAAGAAUACGUGGGGCAGUCAUGAAUGCAGCUGUAGUGGCGGUCUACUUUACAUGCAAGAAAAUGACAUAUGUAUAAGUAAAGAUAAUACCACGGUCAGCUGGAGUUUUGUUUGGAUUAUUAUUCUUGGCUUGGCUGCUACUGGGGUUGGGGGAUAUGCAGUUUACAAGUACAGGAUCCGGAGAUACAUGGAUUCCGAGAUACGGGCAAUCAUGGCACAGUACAUGCCCUUGGAUAAUCAAGGAGAGGUGCCUAUUCAUGGGAAUGUCUGAAAACGGAGAGAUGUUGAAAGUUGCAACUGAGACACGAUGAGAAGAUUCUAGUCACCCAAUACUAAAGUUGCAUAUACGCAUUCCCCAUGAUCAAUCGAUUGUUGGGGGAUUGCAAUGUUACCAACCUUGUGACUAGCACCAGCUUUUGUGUUCAUCAUUUCUCUGUUUUUCUUCGUCAAUGUAACCUAUACAGAUUUUUUUUAAGAACCUCUUAGAAAUAUUCCUCGUUAUCAUGGAGGCGAGUAUAAUGUAUUUUUUAGUCUUGGCUUAAAUAGACACGAUGCACUUGUUCCAAACCCGACAUUGCUUGUGACGGUUGAACUCAACAUCUUAACGAAAAUUUAGUUGGAAGCAGAUGCGAGCUUGUGUACCAA